AUGGCCGUCCGUCGCAUGCGCAUCAUACUCGCCGUUGUCGGUCUUUGGCUUCUCGGCUCUUGGUGGUACACAUGGGGCCCGUCUGAAGGUGUCCGACCCGCGGCCAUGCGACCUGGCAAGGCCGGCGACUUGGAUUACGGAGAAGCCUUGGAAGACAUGCGCUGGAAGAAACUGCCGACCCGCUACCCAGUCGAGACAUUAACCCCGUUGCCCACAAAGCCCCGGGCCGCACCGAUUCCGAAAGUGCAGGCCACAGAACCGCAAGAGGACGAUGCGUCCAAGAAGAAGCGGCUUAAGCGACUUGCCGCUGUCAAGGCUAGCUUCCAGCAUAGCUGGAGUGGAUACACGACCUAUGCUUGGCUGCAAGACGAGGUUACUCCCGUCACUGGCGAUUACAAGAAUCCUUUCGCCGGAUGGGCAGCGACCUUGGUUGACUCCUUGGAUACGCUAUGGAUCAUGGGCCUGGAGGACGAGUUUGCAAAAGCUGCCCAGGCAUGUGAUCAGAUUGACUUUGCAACGACGCCGGCCAAAGACAUCAAUGUUUUUGAGACCACGAUCCGGUACCUCGGUGGUUUCUUGGCGGCAUACGAGUUGAGUGGGAAGAAGUAUCCGAAUCUGCUCCACAAGGCGAAGGAGGUGGGAGAACUGCUCAUGUGCGCGUUCGACACCCCGAACCGGAUGCCCAUUUCACGAUGGGACUGGCGCAAGUAUGUCAAGGGCCAGGAGCAGACGGCGCCGCGAUCCGUUCUCGUGGCAGAAAUUGGCUCCCUCACCUUGGAAUUUUCCAAACUCUCCCAGCUGACCGGCGACCUCAAGUACCACGACGCUGCACAGAGAAUAUCGGACCAGAUGGAGCGAGGCCAAAGCAACACGUAUUUGCCUGGCAUGUGGCCUGUAGUCCUGGACGCCUCGAAGACCCCGGUCGAGUUCACGGGGGAUACGUUCACACUGGGCGGCAUGUCAGACUCUCUGUACGAGUACUUCCCAAAGCAAUAUCUGCUCCUUGGCGGCAUGCUGGAGCAACCUCGGAAGUUAUACGAGGGUUUUAUCGAUGUCGCGAAGAAGCAGUUAUUCCGUCGUGCCUUGAACCCGGAGAACUUGCCGCUGCUCUUCUCGGGCGAUGUCAGAGUGUCAAGUCCUUACGACACCCCCGAGAUCAAGAUGACGGCACGAGCCCAACACUUGACAUGUUUCGCAGGUGGCAUGGUGGGCUUAGCUGCCAAGAUCUUCAACCGGCCCGCAGAUAUGGACAUGGCCAUUCAGCUCACAGACGGCUGUGUUUGGUCCUACAAGACUACCCCCUCGGGCAUUGGCCCCGAAAUAUUCACCUUCAUUCCCUGCGAUCCCGAUACCAGCAAGGAUGACUGCAAGUGGACCGAGACACGGUGGAUGGACAGCCUGAAGAAGCACUGGCGCCCCCAUCAGGAAGGGUUCUCGGACAAACAGAUGCAGGAUAUUGUCGACGCGCGAGAGUUGCCCAAAGGCAUGCUGGAUAUCCACGACCGGAAGUACAUUCUACGACCAGAAGCAAUCGAGUCCGUCUUCCUUAUGUACAGGAUGACAGGUGAUCCGACGUGGAUGGACAAGGCCUGGGACAUGUUCACUGCCAUUGAAAAGCACACGCACACCAAGAUAGCGGCAGCGUCGCUGGACGACGUGACUAAGGAAAGGCCAUUCCAGGUCAACAGUAUGGAGAGUUUCUGGCUCGCCGAGACGCUGAAGUACUUCUAUCUAGUUUUCAGCGCUUGGGACGUGGUGGACUUGGAUAAGUGGGUGCUCAACACAGAGGCACAUCCUCUGAGACGGGCGGAUGCGGCGUUGUAA